AUGGUGCGCAAGGGGGAGUCGUCGACUGGAGCCCUUCUCAGGACUCUGUCCGAUGCACUUCGAUGGCGUUCCCUUAGAGCCCUUUCUAUGUAUUGUGUUAGGGCCCAGUCGACCGCCGCUGUUGUGUCGGCCGAGUCGGCAGAGCUGAUGCGCGCUCCCAUUGAGCAGCGGGGCGGGGGCGCAGCGGCAACUCGGCAAGACGUCGCGCGCCGCCCGACUCCCGACGAUAUCGAUUUUGUCCCAUCCUCCCGCGUCACCCCACGCGCCCGCUCUCAGCAUCCGACCUCGAGUGCUCUCCUCUCGCGCCUACGGACACCUCCGACAGAAACUACGCCUUAA